AGACAAUGGCGAUAACGACCAAAACCAAACGAAGUGACAGCUACCUCUAGUAUUACGCACACCAUUGCAACUGCUCGGAAAGUGUUUUUUCUUUUCAGCUGCAAAGCGUAGUCCGGAACGAUGACAGUUCUCACAGGAGACAAAAAAUCUUACAGCUAACGAAGAAAAAUCGAAUACAUCGCACUAAUACAAACGCGCCUGGAGAACUCUAUUUACCUGGAAUGGUUAUCGAUGAGAACUGGUGCCCCUGCUGUUUGUUGACUGAUAACCCCUAUCGUAAACACAUAGGACGAUACUGUGUGGUAUCGUUAGCGACGAUGACGCUAACGUCUGAUAAACGCAGUUGGCAUGGAGUCAUGCAAACAUAACAUUCAUAGCUGUCGUUCCGUUCGGUUCACUUCAGUGCGUACAAAAAAGGCGGAUGAAAUGGAGUCAAAUAUUAAACGGGAGAGGAUUCCAUGGAAAAAUUAUGAAAAGUUGUUCACCUUCAAAAAGCGAAAAUCAGAAAAAAAUUUCGAAGUAACUUGUUCUGUAUGUUUACCGGAUGUGACGAUUUUGAGUUGCGGUUACUCAUCCGCAACGAAUAUGAAGACCCACUUGCUGAGAAAACACAAAUGGUCUGAAGAGAAGGUGCGAAAUGAACUGGGCGUAGAAUGUAAAAAAAGCCGAUUGACCUAUAACGAUAUAACCCAGCAGGAUGUGCACGAAGCGACAGAUAAUUUAAUUAUGGCUGAGGGACUACCCUUCAAGAUUGUGGAUUCAGUUUACUUUAAGGCAGUUGCCGAGCUAGGACUUCCGGAAGGGCUAUCAGUCGGUAGCCGACAAUCACUGGCUAAUCGAAUGGAUAUUAAAUUUAGUGCGAUGAUGACCAAUUUGAAGGCUCAUCUCGCUUCGGCAAAAAAUGUGUCGACCACAGCAGACUGUUGGACUAAGUUCCGCCGGAGCUAUCUUGCUAUGACCGUUCACUGGCUGGACGAUAAAACCAUGGAAAGGAAAUCUGCUGCUUUGGCUUUACGAAGAAUCACCGGACGGCAUACGGCAGAUACGUUGGCGAUGGCAAUCUACAACGUUCAUAACGAGUUCGAUAUUGUAUACAAAGCUCGUAAAUGUACGACUGAUGGUGCGGCUAAUCUGCGAAAGGCAUUAAGUGAACACUCUCUGUCUGCGAACAACGAUUUUAUUGAUGAUUCUGAUGUCGAUGACCACGAAGAUGCUGAAAGUUCCGUAACUGUACUUGAUGUAAAUACUCUCCUUGAUGAAGGUGCUAUUUUUAAACCGCUUCCAGCACACCAAAGGUGCGCGUGUCACAUUUUGAACUUGGUAGCUACUACAGACGUGAGUGCGGUGUUCAAGGAGUCGAAUGAAUUAAACAAAAUGAAUGAAACGGUACAAAAGAAGCUAAAGACUUGGUGGAUGCAGCAGAGUGAAUCUUCCGUGGUUGCCGAUGUGAUAAAGGAGUGCCUAGGAGUUUGCCUCAUAACUCCAGUAAAAUCAGAUUGGAUUUCCGAAUACGAUGCCAUUUCUUUGAUUAGCAACAUAGUUGACAACACACCAAAGAAGUUGAAUACCAUAUUAGAACGCACAGGACUGCCGAAGUUGUUGCCAUCAGAGGUGGUGUAUUUGAAAGAAUUCGUUUGGGUGAUGCAGCCCAUAGUAUAUACACUAAACAUUCUUCAAAGAGAUAAGUUUAUGUACAUGGGUUACUUGCUACCUACCAUUUACGGUUUAUUGAGAUCUUUGGACGGAAAAUGUAGUAAAGACGGAGAGCCAUUAAAAUACUGUUUACCCCUCUUAGAUGCAGUUAUCUCGUCGUUGAAAUCCGACAAGCGAUUCGGAGUUAUGUUGAGAGAUGAAGAAUUGAUUGUUUCGGCUUCAUUGAUACCGGCAUUCAUGUUCGAAUGGGAUGCAUUCAAGAAUAUAAAUAGGGAUGAUAUAUACAGAGUAAUCAUCAAACGAAUGAAGGCGUUUGAUAGAUGUGAAAGCUAUCUCAAAAAAGCAAUGGAGAAUGAUUGCUCAGAUCUUGAUGAGGAAGCAGCAUUUUUCGGCGUAAGUCAGUCGAAAUUUCAAACAAUGCGCAUGGAAACAUGCCAAAAGGAGCUGAAUCGCUAUUUGGCAUGUGGUUUACAUACCAUUGAGGAAUGCUAUGGUAGCCGAAAUCCAGUGCAAUUUCAUCGUCUGAAAAACCUCUUCAUGCGUUAUAACACUGCAAUCCCCGCAAGUGCAAGCGUAGAGCGCUUGUGUUCGCUUGUUGGUUCAGUGUUUGACCAAACACGCUCUCAGCUUUCCGAUGCGAGACUAGAGCAGCAGGCGCUUAUGAGAGCAAAUAUGGAUUUGAUCAGUUUGCCCACGAGACAAUAGAAGUUCUACAAUUACUUUCGUUGUAUCUUAUUGUAGUUUGUAGUAAUUGUUGUUAGAGAAAAAUAAAAAAGCCAAUCCGCA